UAUCAUGUGCCGGUGAUGUCAUUUGCCUGCGCCCGGCGGGUCAGACUCAGUACCUUCACGAAGCAAUGGCGAGUGGCAAGAAGAGUGCUUUACUUUCUUCUUUGGCAGACUAUGGAGACGAUUCAGAUGCUUACUCGGAUCCCGAAUCAGAAGAAACAUCAGCGGAUGUUCCUGGAGAAGGAGCAGGAGGAGGAUUGGUUUUUGGCUAUGGUGAGGAUGACCAGAAUCGAACUGUCGAUGUCAUUGACAAGGCAUCUGAAAAUGAAGACAGUGGAGAGAGUAAUUCGGAAGUGACGAAUGACGAAUCUGACGAGGGGAGGGACACAGAUGAUAUUGAGGUUGCAGAAGUAGAAACAAAGGACCCAAAUGAGCUUGUUGCUCUCUUCUCAGAGAAGGUGAGAAACAUGUCACCUGAUGAGAUCAGAAUUCCACCAGAGCCCCCAGGACGCUGCUCGAGCCAGCUACAGGAGAAGAUCCAUAAGUUGUACGAAAGGAAGCUCCAUGGAGAUUUUGACACCAACAACCACAUUCAGAAAAAGAAAGAAUUUAGAAACCCAAGUAUUUACGAGAAGCUCAUUCAGUUCUGCAGUAUAGAUGAACUGGGAACCAACUAUCCAAACGAUAUGUUUGAUCCACAUGGCUGGUCAGAGGACUCCUACUAUGAAGCCCUCGCCAAGGCCCAAAAAGUGGAGAUGGACAAGCUUGAAAAAGCCAAGAAGGAGCGGACUAAGAUUGAGUUUGUCACAGGUACUAAGAAGGGCACCAACGCUUCCAGCACAGCAGCUUCCACCACCAACAGCAGCACGACAGCAGCUACAGACACUCAGAAGAGGAAGAGCAAGUGGGACUCUGCCAUCCCUGCCACCCUGUCCCAGCCUACACUCAUCACCACCACGUCAGCCACCCUGCCGGCCGUCGUCUCCGUGACAACCACUGCCAGCGGCACCAAGACCACUGUCAUUUCUGCAGUGGGCACCAUUGUAAAGAAAGCCAAACAGUGAACCAGCAGUUGCGCAGGUGAUGAGAUGCAAUCCAAACCGGGGCUCCUAUGUUUGUCAAACAUGUGAUAGCAUUGCAUAAGACAGCAAACAUUCCCUCACUACCUUCUAUCUCUGGGAUUAUAAACUUUAAUUCAUCAUUGGAAUGGACUAAAGAACUCUACACUGCUAUUAUUUCAUUCUUCUGCGUUGUCAUCAUUUGGUUCAAGCAGGCUGGCAUCAGUUAAAUGGAAAUAGAUGCAGAAAGGCGGAAAUGUAAAUGAGGAAUGCAUGUCUGCCAUCCACAAUGCUGGUGCAGAGGGGAAUUUCUAUUCUCGUCAUUGUUAUUGACUCAUUUUGAGGUAAAAACAUUUUUUACACAUGUAAAUAUUAUAUUGUUGAUAAAGUGAAUAAAUGGAUCUGAUGUUGCCUUUU